CUCCGUAUUAGUGCCAAGGCUCCAAGUUGAAUACUUAUCCUACCACCGCACUUGACAUCCUCUGCGACACUUUCUAAUCAGCCCAGUACCAAAGACGACUUCUUAUAAGAAAACCAGAUCGGCUUCUCCAUGGCGGCCAACAUACCCGCGAAGCUAAAACAGGCGGGCAUAACGCCCUUUAUCGUACGCGCAACACAACUCGAGGCUGCGAAGCCAGUCAUUUCCUACUGGUGUUUCUACUGGGCCGUCAAUCAGAUCCUUGGCAAAGGGCUUCACUCUAGCGACGAUGACUGCCACCUAUUUACCACGAACCUGAUGGAAAAGUUGGAACAUAUCAAAGAAGGACAAGUUGGGAACGAUGCGAUUCACGAUGAUGUAGCUGGUCAAGCAUACGUCGAACAAUUUGCGCAAGAAACCUUCGAUAGGGCACUUCGGCCACUAAAAGCCAACAAAGUCACACAACAAACGGCGAGCACCUUUGAAGCCGCGGCUACAUUCUUCCAGUUAGUCAACAUUUGGGGACAAGCCGAUGCAGAGACGCAAGAGAAGAUCAAAUAUGCAAAGUGGAAUGCUGCUCGGAUACUAAAGGCUAUUAAGGACGGAAAAGACCCUAAUGAAUCGAACCCUAAACAGGAGGAGGUUAAGCAGGAAGAGGCGCUCGACCCUGACGAUCCGGAAGUGCAGAUGAUCAGGGCUGCGCAACCAAGACCCGCCUCGGUAGAAGAUGCCCCCGACGAUGAUGGAAUACGACAUCCAACAGCAGCCGAAAGUUAUCAGACCUUCCCAGCCCCUGUGUCUGAGCCAACGUCGUCUCCAGUGCCGACAAAACCAAACCUUGAGCAGGUCUCUCCUAUAGUACCUCCCGGUCCUCCCACACGGGAGCCAGGAGGCUAUUUCCCGAAUGAACCUAGUGCGCCUGAUACCUUAGACCUACCAUCUACGAUAGAUAUGCCACCUCCAGGCCCGGCGACUUACGAUCUGACGGGUUCGCCAAUAAUACCUAGUCCUAGUUCUCAUGAUCCGGCUCUACCACCUUCAGCACCGCCCCAAGAUUUCUACCGCGAUCGACCAUCUGCACCACCUUUUGUCCCGCCUCAACAGCAGCACCAUAUCCCCCCUCCUGCACCUGCACCUAGCCACAGCUACUAUUCUCAACCCCCACAGCCGGUUGUUUCGCAACCGCUGCCAGUACCGGUUCAGCAAUAUAAUGGUGGCGCGCCGAACUCAUCUAACGUAGACGACAUGGCAAUGACACAGGCGCAGAAACAUGCUAAAUGGGCGAUCUCGGCUUUAAAUUUCGAAGAUGUGCCUACAGCUGUACGAGAGUUGCGGGCCGCCCUAGCUAGUCUCGGUGCACAAUAACGCUAUGACAAUUCGCCAGAUACCUGCUUGCGGGAUUGAGAAGUAUCGGAGCGAGAUGGUUAUGGCUGUGUUUUAUACUAGCUGGAGUUAGGGGGUUAAAAGGCGAAAUGAGCUUAGUGUUACUAAGCUGUCUCUUUGAAGUGUAAGAAACUUUCCAAGUUGUGUCUACAUACCUUAUAGGCAAGUGACCAAUGAAAUUUGUGUAGCUUGGAUCUUACAUAUUUCCGUGGACAAGUGAAGGCGUUUCAAGACUUAUCAAUGGCGUUUGCCAUUAGUUAUUCCUCAAGUAAAUUCCAGCAGCCGGAUUUUGUAAUUCCAUAUUAACUAUCGGAAUAAAAGCUGGGAGCUCCCAAAUCCGAGUGAGUUUAGGUAAGCCUCAUCGGAUUUGGCAGACUGAUUUAUGGACUGGAAAUCCGAGAUCCACUCUGAGUCAUUGUAUUUGGCCCCCUAAAAGUGUGGCUUGUUCUUAGGAGCUGAGGUCUCUGGAGAGUUCGACCUUUCUCUUUAUCCUAUUGUCUCGAUGAUUCCGGUCGCUAAACUUCGAAAAUACUAGACACGAUUU